CCCCCAGCCGCGCAAACGUGGGAGCGACUUGGCCGGUCUGCUCGUCUCGUCUGUCCUGGUUCCCUGCCCCCCUCCCUGUUUCGCAUAAAAUCAAAUCAAGACCAGAAACACGGGAUUUUUUGGUCGAGUAAAGCGUGCUCGCCUGCUCGGUCAAGGAAAGGAAAAGUUUCCGAAACAGGGGCAGCGGGCGCCGGGCGCCGGGCGCAUUUUGGUUGCUUGGAUCGGGACCGAGCGAGCGCGCCGGAGUCCGGAUGGGCUCCUCGUCCACUCCGGCGGCCGCGGCAGCGGCGGCGCCGAGCCGGCGCAAGGUGGCGCUCUACCUGGCGCUCCUCACCCUGCAGUACGGCGCCCAGCCCCUCAUCUCCAAGCGCUUUGUCCGCCAAGAUACUAUUGUGACCUCACUAGUUCUCGCAACGGAAGCAGCAAAGGUUAUUUGUGCAAUCAUUUUAUUGAUUGCAGAGGGUAGUCUAAGAAAACAGUUCAGUAACUGGACUCUCACUGGAUCACUGACUGCGUCUGGACUGCCUGCUGCCAUCUAUGCCCUUCAAAAUAGUCUGCUGCAAGUAUCAUACAAGAAUCUGGAUUCCUUGACCUUUUCAAUCCUUAACCAGACUAAGCUUUUGUGGACAGCAUUUUUCACAUUUCUUAUUUUGGGGCAAAAGCAAUCUUCCAGGCAAAUUUUAGCAUUGGCCCUCUUAAUUGGUGCUGCCGUUCUUUUAAGUGUGGGGGAGAGUACUAGCAAAGGUUCCAAGAGUGGUGGCUCUGACUAUAUCUUGCUAUAUGGGAUCAUUCCAGUUACAGUCGCUUCUAUGCUGUCUGGGUUGGCUUCUUCAUUGUGUCAGUGGGCAUCUCAGGUUAAAAAACAUACCUCUUACAUGAUGACUAUAGAGAUGUCAUUUAUUGGAAGUAUGUGCUUGUUAGCAAGUACCUAUCGGUCACCAGAUGGAGAGGCCAUCAGGAAAUAUGGAUUUUUCCAUGAAUGGACUUUCUGGACUGUGGUACCGGUAUUAAUGAAUGCCGUGGGUGGAAUUCUUGUUGGUCUUGUCACAACUUACGCAGGUGGCGUUAGAAAGGGUUUUGUUAUAGUCUCAGCUCUCCUUGUAACUGCACUGCUACAAUUUGUGUUUGAUGGGAAGCCACCAUCACUCUACUGCCUGAUGGCUUUACCACUUGUCGCAACAAGCAUAUUCAUCUACCAGAAGUAUCCAUAUGUUGAUAGGAAGAAGAAAGAUUGAUGUGCAUAAUUGUCAGAGAUGGGAAAUAUCAUCAGCAGGAUGUAAUGCUAACCUCAUCUUGUCCACAAGGCUGGAAUUUGCACCGUCAAGUGGGCCAGAUGUGAUUCUUGAAGAGUUGCCUGUUUGUGAAGCUAUAUUUCAAUUAUCUACUGAUCUAUAUAUAGAAUUAAAUUAGUAGGACACUAGCCUCGAAUCAGUUUCAGCAGGCAGUUGACAUGCUUGCAUGUAACUUCUUGAAGGAGGUUUCGUAUUAACGAAGUAUUUACAUGUGCAGCUAUCUGUAUUUGCACAGCAUGAUGAACCUGUUGUAUCUUCCAUGGAUUGUUAUUUAGACUGACUUUUGAAUAUAUAUUUUUAUGAUGACAGAAACUAAAAACCAAUUAUUGUGUGCUCAA